GCGCGCGACGGCGCCACCGGCAGCGCGUCGCAGGCGGGGCUGAUCGUCUCGGGGGGUUGUGCUACCGUCUGCAGUGCAUGUAAGCAGCCGUGAUCCAGGGCGUGGCGGAGGCACGGUUGUCGCGCAGGAUGUCCCACGUGGGAGAUUUUUCAGCAGAUGCGAGCGCUUGGCACAUGGCGCGAGAUGGUUGCAGGCCCCCAAACGGUGCGGUAUCCACGUCGUGUGGUGGGAAGUCAGUCGAGAUUCGGAGUGGCCGCACGGUGUUGGGACUCGGGUCCUUCUCCGAGGAGUAUCGGGCGAUUGGGGCCUUCGAGGUCCUAGAACCGUGCGGCGACGGACCGCGCGGCGAGGUCGUUGGGGAUUCCGAGGUCCCCGCAAGGUGUGUAACACACACCGUCUUGGGACCCCAAAGAUUGGUAGAGCGAAAGAUUGCGCCCAUUCCCUUUCUCUGCUCAAGAGGGGCGUGUCCGAUCUGGAGAGGACGGGCACCUCGCCGCCCCAAGGGCAAAUCUUGCCAAGAGCUUACUGUCGACCUCUUAUUUCCACACGGCAUUCUCGCUCCAUUGCCCAACGUGUGGCUCCAGAAUCGACCUCUCACGUGGAUGGCGACACCAAGCACACACGGAUGAUGGUGCUGGCUUGCGCAAGGCCGCCUUUGUGGCUUCACCUCCGUCACAGCGUUCCGCGUGAUUUGAAGCCUCAAGAGAGAGGGGCGAGAAGUCACAGCCAUUCUGGCUCCAGCUCAUAUGCAAUCCCAGGUUCUCCUUGUUUCGUUUGCAUCUGGUCACCGCUUCGAGGAGGCCCAACAGCGACUGGACGAAAGUCUUGAGACAGCAGAGAUUGAUGCUCACUGGCGCUGGAAUAGUUCCUCGUUCAAAUCUGGUCCUCACGGCAAAUGGCACCGCCGACAUUCGAACGUCAAUUUCCGACGUGGUGGCGCUUGGAAGCCUUACAUCAUACUGCAAGCUAUGAUGCGUGUGCGUGAGGGUGAUUGGGUCAUCUACCACGACAGCUCCCAGUAUUUCCCAGCCGGCUUCUCCUCGUCGGUCAGGCCUUUGUUAGCAUGGCUCGAGUCGCAGCGUCACACCAACCAGUGCGAGUGUAUCGCAGCUGUGCGAUUGAGACAGCAGGUUCAGCACGAGUGGCUGCAGAAGUGUUCACCGACGUGGGCGCCAUACGGAUUGAACCCCGGUCCAGAGCCGCCGAUGAGCACCUUGUGCAGCAUGCUGCAUCGAAUCGGUGCGUGCGGUCUGUCUGAUGGUGCCGACUCUGGGCAGCGAGACGAGGAAUGCUGCACCCGCAUCGCCGAGGCGCCGAUGCUCCAGAACUCUUGGUCCAUCUGGAGAAAGGGGCCCGCGGGCCUUCAGUUUGUCCGCGAGUGGCUGCGGCACGCAGAGGACCCCGAGGUGCUGCCGCACCUGCCGUUCGGGGAGCAGACGCUGGAGGAGCUGCUGCUGUACAAGCUGCACGCGCGGCUCGGGCUGCGCGCUCUGUGGGCGCCGUCCCUGUACGCGCAGCACUGGAGCGAGGAGCACGACCUGGCACACUUUGGUCCCCUCGCGUUCGGCCGGAACGACGGCACCCCGUUCAAGUCGGCGGCCACAAAGGGUGUGGUUACGCCAGGGCGUGGUUUGUGAUAUGCGUCGUCGGGGUUCGAGGUGGCAACACGUUGCCUUCGUCGGGCCGCCUCGGGUCGCGGCGGAGGAACCUGUCGAGGUCUUCGCCCGCCCCCCAGGGUGCGUGUUGCAAACCACACCCUUUGCAAAUCACAUCCUUCGGAGUUGCCGUUCAAGCACCUCAACAGCUUCCUGCGGCUGCUGAGCAGGCAGGCCGCCACCGGCGAGGCACAGCUCUGGCUGCUCAGCCUGCGCCGCGGGGCGCCGCAGGACCCGGCAGACGCCGCCCUGGAGGCCGCCUCGGGCGCGCCCCGGCUGGCCUGGGAGGCGAGCCGGGUGCCGCCGCGCCUGUGGCGGCGCUCGCUCUGCCUGCCUCCGGAGGGGCGUCCGCCGCUGGCGGCCUCCGUCACGGACUCCCAGCUCUUCCUGGCGCGGCGGCGCGGCGGCUUCAGCGAUC